AGUGAAAAGUCAAACAUGGCCGGCCCAUUGGAUGCUAUCAGUGGCUUGAAGAACUACACCACUGUGCUCUCAUGAAGUUUAACAAGCCUGCAGUCCUGCUUUACAGCAGAGGACGACAUUCGCCCGGCAACCUCCCUCCCAUCAGCCCCCUCUUCCUCCUCCUCCUCCUCCUCCUCCAGUCAACCUCCUCUGUCCCCAGCGACGGCCCCUCCCAUCAAAGCCAUAACCUCUCCUAAUCCCCCCCACCCCUUGUUGCCCUGGAGACGGCUCAGACGAGCAGGUGAUGCAUUGACAGGGAGCAGAUGGUUCCCUGUGGAGAGCCCCAUUUAUGUGUCUUUUGUCAGCAAGGCCAUCUUGUGGGAUAGAGGACUCUGCCACCACACUGCCCACGAUCGUCCAAAUCAUCGUCCCUUACUGUGUCCACGGUUCCUGUCUCACAUGAAAGCUCGUCCUGAGGACCUCAGACCUCCUUGUUUCCUGAGCUCCAAGUCCAGACCGCAGCCUCCAUCUCAGGGGAAGACGUCGAUAACACACUCCCUCACUGCCCCAAAGACACAGACGCUGGAGGGUUACUUCCAUCUUAAACCAGACAGAAGAAGAACUUGUGUGCAGAUGGCAGAAAGGCACUCUGCUGUUGUUGUUCCCUGUCUUCCACUCCCUGCUGCUCCGCCACCAUCCACCACUAAUCCAACACCUCCCAACCAAAACAACCUUCACCCCGACUUACAAAGCACGCCGAACACGGCGCCAGCGUCUCCCUCCUACCCUCAUCCUGCUCCGGAGGAGAGAGAUGAAUUUGAGGAGAGGGAGAGAGCGCCACAACCUGCCGUGGAGUCCAUCACAGAGUCAGACUGGAAGCUGCAUCUCGGGCCUGCUGGACCUGAACGCUCGCCGCCGCCGCCGGCCUCCACCAUCUCACACGGGUCUCUCUCAGAUUUAAGUCGUCCACCGUCGAGUCUGUUCAGCCGCAGCACCGACCUCGCUAGUGGCAGGAGCAGUGUCCUGUCUGGUGCAGAUAUCAGGGACCCAGAAGGCAGCGUUUGUUUCUCGCCGUUACAGCCUCAGUCACCUUCGGCCUCUUACUCUCCAGCAGGAUCCAACCUUCGCCAAUCAUCCACUAACGCCACGACCACUCCUCCACUCUAUGAACCGAUAUUUUGCCAAACCAAACCCCUCUCACCUCGCCCAAUGUCAGGUGUCCUUCCUCCGUCAGAUAAACCUCUGAGCAGGUGUAAAAGCACAAAAACAAGAGAGGAUCUCCACCCAGAUGCGUCUGUAGAUGCUGGUCACCACCCAUCCUUGGACUCCGAUCACGGCCUCGUCACCCUGGCGUUCCCCUCCGCUACUUGGUCCUCCUGCCCGAGUCCACAGAGGAGCACUCCUCGCUCAGGGUCAGGACCAAAGCUGACCCCUUCUGCAUCUCGGCUGGAGUCUCAUCGCUGGUCCGUCCUGCCUCCCAUCUCCCCUGUCAGAGGACGCUGUGGCACGGCAGCAUCACGCUGCUCUGAGCUCAGCUGCAGUCAAUCUCAUGUGUUUGAUGAACUGGAGGCCAUCGCCCCUCGGUCCCCUUCCUGGCCGUCUCUGGACUCGCCGUCAGACUCAUCCGGUUGCCAUUCACCCAACACAGAGCUGUCUCCCGGCUUGGCGGCGCUAACGGUGGGCUGUGACUCCGGGAAUCUGGGCUCCCUGUCCCGGGUCCAUCUGCUCCUCCUGGACCGACCGGAGCCCGAGACCCUGCUGAGCCCCUUCGGUCUAGAAGAGGAGCUCUCACCGGUGCAGGACUGGUUCGAUCUCGGUAUGCGGUACGAUCUAGCAGGUGUUGUGAGGCCCCUCACAGCUGGCGGCGGCUCUGAAAGGUGUGACUCCGCAGGGAAAGUCCAGGAAAACAAAUCGGAUCAGUCUGAAGGAGGUUCUGGGUCACCGUCCUCAUGGAUCAUAGACCCGAGUCCGUCACACAACAUGUUUGGAUCCGCCCACUCUCCCUGCGUGUCCAAUCACGGUUCCAGCACAGAUGAAGGGGGCCCCACCGAGGAGGAGGAGGAUGCCAAUUAUCCAGGAUGGAGGGACCGAGUCGAGUCCUCGGCUGGAGGAAGGAGGCCCAGCAGAAGUGAAGAGAAGGACAGAAGGAUGGAGGAGAGGAAAACAAAGGUGCUGAACAUGCUUUCCCAACUGCAGGAUGACACGCCUCGUCAGCCGAGUAGCAACAAAGGAAGCUCCAACUUCGAGGACUUCGACUUUUUGGCAAAGUAUUGCAUCUUCAGUCAGGAGAAGCUGGCGGAGUACAGAAGAGCUUUUGAAGCAGAGGACGGUGAUGGUGACGGCUACAUCUCCUGUCUUCAGGCUCUACUCGCUCUUAAAAACAUCGUCCCUGCAGAGCUGCUGUCUGACGAAGAAGAGAUCUACGUCUACCGGAUCCUGGAGCUGGUGGACUUCAGAGUGACAGAUGGGCUGGUGGACCUGAGGCUCUUUGCUGUGAUUGCGAGCCUGGCACAAAAAGUCGCCACCAUGGAUGAGUUUAUGCGAUCACUAAUCAGCGACAUGGACUUCCGCUCUUUAGAAGUGAGGCUCUUCAAAGCGAAGCAACUGUUCCUGUUCCUCCUGGAGGAGCAGCGAGGAGAUGUUGGAGCUCAGCAGGGCUUCAUCAGCGCAGAGCAGCUGCUUCUGGAGCUGAAGGCCGGGGGGAUCUACCUGGAGCAGGAGGCGGCCGUCAGGCUGGAGCUGCAGCGCAUUCCCCCCCUGGACCUGCUAGACUUCCUGGCCUACCUGCCCCUCUUCAUGAUCAUCCACAAGUCGGUGAUCUCCAACCCUCUGGAUGACUCCAACAACCUCUGACCUCGGUCGCUGCACCGUCUGCCCCGUGUGGCUCAGGUAUCAGCAUCACUGCCACUACAAUUAUCAGUACUGUAGUCUGUUGUGAAAAGGUGACGCAUAAGAAACAAGUUUAGAUUAAAGGGAGUGAAUUCACCCUACAAGGAAAGUUAUUAAAGGGAUAGUUUGGGUGCUUUGAAGUGGAGUUGUAUUAGGUACUUCUCCAUAGUCAGUGUCGACCGUCAUCUACUGUAGGUAGUACACUGACUAUGGAUAAAUACCUCAUACAACCCUACUUCAAAACACCCAAACUAUCCCUUUAAUCUCGCAUGAUUAAGGCCCGGUCACGUCAGCAUUUAAAAUGGUGAAAUUUCGCACACAGUUCAAUUCAAUGGGAUUGUCAUGAUCAAUGCUGCAUUCAUGUCAUAGUGUUUAAACCGUAAUUACGAGCAGCAGAGUGGGAAAUCAUUCCCAUCAGUCGAGUCGCAGAUAUUGGGAUUUUCUGACACCAACGAUGUCUCCGACUUGGUGAAAAGAAUCACAGAGAUGUCAUCUAAGAAUUGAAAAACGGCCGCCGGCAGAUCAGUCUCAUAUAUCCAAUUUUUAAUUUUUUUGUCUGUCAAAUUUACAUACAUGUACAACAUGAUGGUUUUACGUCGGCACACAGCAGCACAGACAAUAACGUCACACACAACAUGUUAUCGAUGUAGAAGUUCUUCAGCGUGAGUGAAGAAGACAUAAAUCUGCAAUUUGUCACAACUUCAAGCCCAAAAUAAGCCGUGGAGGAAAUACCCUAAAAGCAUUUGGAAGAACUAUCUGUUUUAUUAUGAACAUUCAAUUGAAUUUCAAUUUUCCAUGAAAGAAAAGUUACAAAAUUAUCUGUGUAUGCUGUCUAUUAUAGUUCAUCGAAAGAAAGAAAAUGUGAAUCGGGAGGUCAGACUUUUAAAAAAUCAUCUGCCAAGAAAAUUGCAAUCGGUAGUAGCAAGUUAGUUAGCCGGGCUUGCUAACGUUAGCUGUUUACCUUAGAGCAGACAACACUUCACGUGUACUUCUGCUCUUGUGUUAAUCCUGAUGUGCCUAGUAACCGUUGCCAAGCUAUGAUUGGACAAUCGCUGUUUUAGCGAGCCAUCAAUUAACUUUUUUCUACCACCAAGUAUUCAAAAUUGGUCUUAACUAAGAAUUAUUUCAUGCACGAAGAUGAGUUUUAUAUCCAGAUAAAAGGAAAAAUUAAAAUGUUGCCAACUUAUUUGUUUGUCUGUUUGAACUACAGUGUGAAGUGAACAUAGUUGACAUUUUGUGCUCUGGCUAGAGACUUAUAAUGAGCUUUUACAGCUUCAUUUCACAAUCACUUAUGACUUCUUCCUUUAUGUUUUGAUCAUUAAUGUGCUAAUAUAGAAAACCCUACAAGAAAAGGCCGUAUAUAUUAAAUGGGCUUGUAUCAUUUCUGUUAUAUAUUUGACAUUUCAUAGAGCUGUGAAGUGCUGUCUAUGGUCCUGAAAUGUUCUGCAGCAGUGGAUGGAGAUCAUGUUUCACUGUACAGAAGCUUUAAAUGCACCACGGAGCUAUUUUAUCUGCUGCAUUACAUUAAAACUCUUUCUAUAAACCCGCCAGGUGGCGCUGCUUCGGGGGCGGGACUAAUGUAAAUGCAACAACUGCGUAUUGUUCCUCGAGUAAAAAACAGUAUUUGAGCGGCUCAGACUGCCGUCCUCUUCUAUCCAACUUAAUCAACACUGAUGACUGAUAUUCAAUGAGAUAUUCAACUAAAAUAGUUUGAGCCAUUGUUUCGCCUCGGCUUUGCCAAUUAGAUAUGGCCGUGCUCUCCUGCGGUUCUACACGCUUGACAGACCGCCACCAUGGAAAACAUAAUGGAGUCUGACAGGCAGCGAACCAGGACUGUUUAGAUCAGGGACGUCCUGUACGCCGCAUAUGUCUUCAUGACCAAAAGAAAAACCUCCGACUAACAAAACUGUGAUUCUACAAACUGCUUUUAAAAAUACUAAAAUUCUGCUGUUUAUAAGAAACUUUGAACUUUGAUGUCAAAUAAAAAUGAUUGUCAGUGUUUGUCUUCA